CUUGCUCUCUUCCUUCCCAGUCUCUCCAGCUCACUCCUCUUUCUCUCUCUCUCUCUCUCUCUCUCUCUCUGUCAUCAUUGUGAAGGUGUAGAGGCAGGGCUACGAGGAGGACUCGGCAUUAGCACGUUCAUCCCCAGCAUCACCAUUACUCUGCAUCCGUUCACCUAACAGGGCAAAAUGGCAGAGGGCUUAGUUUCAGUAGCAGAGGUGGAGACUGCCUUCAAGAAGUUUGCCAUUCAUGGGGACACCAAAGCAACAGGGAAGGAGAUGAAUGGCAAGAACUUUGCCAAACUCUGCAAGGACUGCCGGAUCAUUGAUGGCAAGAAUGUCACCGCCAUCGACGUCGACAUCAUCUUCUCUAAAGUCAAAGCGAAGACAGCUCGUGUGAUCACCUUUGAGCAGUUCAACCAGGCCCUGUCAGAGUUGGCCCCAAAACGUUUCAAGGGGAAGGCCCAGGAGGAGGCAGUGCAGCAUCUCUACAGCCUCAUCAAAGGGAAAGAGCCUGCUAAUGUGGGCAUAACUAAAGUGGCCAAGGUAGCUGCGGUGGACAGACUGACAGACACCACCAAGUUCACAGGGGCACACAAGGAGCGCUUUGAUGAGUCUGGCAAAGGGAAGGGCAAAGCAGGACGAGAAGACAUCCCAGAUGCCAGUGGCUAUGUGAGUGCCUACAAGGGCAAGGGCACCUACGAGGAGAAGGUCAAGGAAGCAUAAGCAUGGGGAACAGAGAGCUACACUGAGACAGGCCACCGUAUUCUGAAGCUGUUCUGGUAGCUGGUGGUGGCCCAACACCCUAAUAAGAACAUUUGUGCUGUUUCCUUUAUAUGUAGGCUGACACUGUGGUGGGAUGGGCUUGUCAGUCACCAGCUGACAGUAGGUCUCUUCCAAUAUGGGGUUGAGGUGAUGUAGGAUGGGAAGGGGAGGUGAAACGGUGUCAUGGGCAAUACAAAUAACUGGAAUUUUUAUGUAAAUUAUCUAUAUAUUCUCGCUUUUUAAAUUGUCCAGCACAAACCCUGACCCUAUACUCUCCAGCUUUAUUAAAGGCUUCAGUGAAGUGCGUAUCACUGCAUGAAGUCACUCUUUACCACUACUACUAACCAAAGGUCAGCAAUUUAUAUUUUCACCUGUUUACAUUUGAAAAAACUGUGUAAAGCCAACACGUCCUUUUAAUCUCAAAGAAAUUAUUAUUGUGCAAAUUGGCGCUAAUGAAAUUAUACAUUGUUUGAACCAACAACCUUCUCAAUUAAAACCUUUAGCUUUUAUCUGCUUAUUACAAAUGUAUAUUGGAAAUUUGCUGUAGAUAGUUGAAUGAAUCAACAAAUUAACGCAUUCUUUGAUGUAAUAGAUUAAUGGUGAUUGAAUAAAGAGCUAUACAAUGUAUCUGUACAGCAUAGUGCUUUGUUUGUACUGUCACAAUGACCAAAUGAAGAGAGCAUAACAGCCAGAUGAGGGCACUCCUGUCCUCUGAUGACUGCAUGAGUUGUUCUGCUGGAGGACUGACAGCACUUCUGACUGAAAUGCAUUGUCCCUUUUAUAUGCAGAAAAUACAUUUAUGGAAUUGUAAUAAUGAAAAUAAUAAAAAAAGUACAGCAUUGUCA